AUGGCGCAGACAAACGCAUUCCCUGUCAUCGACUCAAAAGUAAACCUCCGCUCACCGCAAUUUGAAGCGAAUGUCGAGUCGUGGAAGCCUAUUAUCCAGAAAUUCGAGGACGCGCUGAGGACGACGGCUGGUGAGGGUACGCAGAAGUCGCUAUCGAGGCACCAAUCGAGGGGGCAAGUGCUUGCACGAGACAGAGUCGCGCUCCUCCUCGACACCGACUCCCCAUUCCUCGAGCUAUGUGCUUUCGCUGGGUAUAACCUGCCCGAAUCGUCACCGUCCGCGAGUCUCGUCGCUGGGAUCGGUACUAUCAGUGGCCGAGUAUGCCUCGUGCUAUCACACAUCCCAACUCAGAGCGGGGGUGCGUGGAAUGAAUUUACAGUGCAAAAGCAAAACCGCGUCACGACCAUCGCAACGGAAAACCGUUUGCCUAUUGUAGCUCUUGUGCAAUCAGCUGGCGUGUUCCUCCCCCAGCAAUUCCGCGUGUUCCACCCUGGCGGACAAAUUUUCCGCGAUCUGGCCAAGCGCACUGCCGACAGGCAGCAUUCGUGCGCCAUUGUCUUCGGAUCGAGCACGGCCGGAGGCGCGUACCAUCCUGCCCUUUCUGAUUACACUAUCUUCGUCGAGAAACAGGCACAGGUCUUCCUCGGUGGACCGCCUCUAGUCAAGAUGGCCACUGGCGAGAUAAUUGACGCCGAAGAACUCGGCGGCGCUCAGACGCAUGCGAAUAUCACUGGUCUUGCGGAUCAGUUGGCCACAGACGAAUUCGACGCAAUCCGCAAAGCACGCGAGUGGGUGUUUUCUUUGCAGCCGCAGACGCCGCCGGUGCGAGACAUCAGCCAGGUCCUGCCCCCUCGCUAUUCAGUUGAGGAAUUACUUGCCAUAUCCAAUCCGGAUAUCCGCAAGCCGUUGGACAUGAAGGAACUCGUCUUGCGUAUAGUUGAUGACUCGAGACUGUCAAUUUUCAAGCCGAACUUCGGACCGAAUCUGCUCACCGUUUGGGCACAGAUCAUGGGCCACACUGUCGGCAUCAUCGCCAACCAAGUCCCCGUCAUCCACCCCGACGAGGCGUCCAAAGGCGCGCAGUUCAUCCGGCAAUGCAACCAACAAAACGUCCCGAUCAUCUUCCUCCACAAUGUAACUGGUUUCAUGGUUGGCUCCAAAGCCGAACACGCGGCCAUCAUCAAAAGAGGCGCGCAGAUGGUAUCUGCCGUCAGCUGCUCCAACGUGCAGCAUAUUGGCAUCAUUAUCGGUGCAUCCUACGGCGCCGGUAACUACGCCAUGUGUGGGCGUUCAUAUCGUCCGCGCUUCCUAUUCACUUGGCCCACUGGACGCUGCAGCGUGAUGGGCCCGGAUCAGCUGGCAGGCGUUAUGAGCACGGUCAAGCUUAACAGUGCGAAGGCGAAGGGCGUUGCUCUGACAGAGGAGGAUAUUAAGGCCGACACGCAGAAGUUCCGCGAUGAGGUACAGCGUGACAGCGAGAGUUAUCGCACCAGCGCGGCGGUGCUGGAUGAUGGUGUUAUUGACCCAAGGGAUACGAGAGAUGUGUUGGGCAUGUGUUUGGAUGUUGUCACGUUAGAUGGCGUGCAGGGUGCCGAGGGACAUCGUGCGCUGGCGAGGAUAUAG